AACGGGAUGACGUUGCUUAUUUAAAUGUCUCCAGAGCGGAGGGAUGGAGAGAAGGUCUGAGCGGACUGACGGCACCGGCCAGGCCCCCGCCCCAGCCUCCGAGCCCCGGUAACCGGCAUCAUCCCCGGCUGAGACAUGCCCGGUGCCAGCAGCUGAAGGAUGGCAGCCUGCCGUGUCCUGCUGAUGGCCGCGCACGAGCUGCUCGCCCGCUGUCCGUGGUGCUGAAGAGCCCGGCUCCGGAGGAGAAGCGACUGCAGCCCCUGCAAUGUCACAUUCUGUCAUCCCCCAGCCUCCAGCGCUGCUGCUCGGCUAGGAUCCAGCACCUCGGCCCCGGACAGUACUGGAUCCGUCCUGCAGAGGAGUCCCCGGAGGAGGCCGCGGUUUGGUUCUCGCACAGGCAGGAGACUGGGGCGGUCUGCAGUUCUUGGUCACACUGGUGCACACUGUAUAUAUGUCUGUGUGUGUGGGAAGAGCAGCGUGGGAAGCGGAUCUUUGUCAAGAAGGACAUGAUCGGAAUGAGCAUUGGGCUGGCUUCCUAGUGUCGCCUGAAACUACGAGACUCUGGGAGAAGAAGGCACAUGAAUGCGCGCUUCUUCUGUUGGAUAUACUUUUUUUAAUAUACAAUUGUUAUUUUUUACUACAGUAAAGUACAUAAGAAGAAAAAAAAACUUCUCGCUCCUUUCACUUGUUUUCUCCUUCGGGUUUUGGAAUUAUCCUUGGAUUUAAAAGCCAGACACUUCCUGUGCUCCUCCGAUGAGUGCCGGCGGCAGAGCAGACACAUUCUGAUUGAGGAGCAGUGCUGAUGGUUCAGGAAGAAACACUGUAAAAGUUCUUUACAUCACUUCAGUGCAAAAUCUUAUCUGGGCAAAAUGGGAGAGCAACCCAUCUUUAGCACCAAAGCCCAUGUCUUCCAGAUUGAUCCAAACACAAAGAAGAACUGGGUUCCUACCAGCAAACAUGCAGUUACUGUGUCCUAUUUCUACGAUAGCACAAGGAAUGUCUAUAGGAUUAUUAGUCUGGAUGGGUCAAAGGCAAUAAUAAAUAGCACCAUCAGUCCCAACAUGACAUUCACUAAAACAUCCCAGAAGUUUGGCCAGUGGGCAGACAGCAGGGCUAACACAGUAUAUGGCCUUGGCUUCUCCUCCGAGCACCAUCUCACAAAGUUUGCAGAAAAAUUUCAGGAAUUUAAAGAAGCUGCUCGAUUAGCAAAGGAAAAAUCCCAAGAAAAGAUGGAACUGACUAGUACUCCUUCCCAGGAAUCUGCUGGAGGGGAUAUUCAGUCUCCUUUAACACCCGAAAGCAUUAACGGAACAGAUGAUGAAAGAACAACCCCUGAAGUGACGCAAAAUUUUGAACCAAGGGCUGAACCUACGCAGAAUGCAUUGCCAUUUACACAUAGUUCUGCAAUUAACAAGCACUGGGAAGCAGAACUGGCCACACUCAAAGGAAACAAUGCCAAGCUCACAGCAGCCUUGCUGGAGUCUACUGCCAAUGUCAAACAAUGGAAACAACAGCUUGCUGCGUAUCAGGAAGAAGCAGAACGUCUCCACAAACGGGUGAGUGAGUUAGAAUGUCUCAGCGGUCAAGCAAAUGCAGUGCAAACGCACAAAACAGAACUCAACCAGACUAUACAAGAAUUAGAGUCCACACUGAAAAAGAAAGAAGAGGAAAUAGAGAGAUUGAAGGAAGAAGUUGAACACGCUAAGGAACUACAAGACCAGAGGGAUUCUUUGAGCCAAAAAUUACAGGAAGUGGAGUCACAUAACAAAGACUUGGAAGGACAACUGGGCGACUUAGAACAGCGACUGCAGAAAAGUCAGGGCGAGCAAGAAGCAUUUCGCAAUAACUUGAAGACUCUUUUAGAAAUCCUGGAUGGCAAAAUCUUUGAACUCACUGAAUUGAGAGACAGCCUGGCCAAGUUGAUAGAGUGCAGUUAAAAAGGCAAAAAAAAAGGGCUGCCACCACCAACCUUCUCAAAGACGCACCGGCUCACUUCACAGCACGGUGGUGGGCUCUGUAUCAGAGUUGCACAAAAUCUGAACGGAAAAACUCCUUUCCGAGAGUUUAAUUGCAAAUUUAGUAGUUGGCUGAAGUGUGAAAUUGAGACUUGCUUUAUUAGCUAACAGAGAGGAAAUUAAAAAUAAAACUUGAAUUACAAAUUACCUCCUUAUUCCCUUAUUGGCCAUAAUGAACUUUAACACAUUCAGUGCCAGGUAGUCCUACACUCUAGCCCUGAAUGUACAAGAUUCUUUCCAGUAGUUUUUGAGUAAUCCAUCUCCGGAUUGCUGACAGAUGAAUAUAAAAAAAAAGUAGUCACCAGUGUUUAUUUUUUUUGUUUUUUUUUUCAGACAUACUAUACAGAAUAUUGCUUUAUUUUAUAGGUUUUUAUUUAGUUCUUUUCUAUGAAAUACCUGCUUGCAAUGUUUUGUGCAAAAAAAUGAUAAUACAAAAAAAACAAAAAACUUAGUCACGGGAGAAGCCCUUUGUAUUUUUGUUGAAAUCUGAACAUUUUCUCAGGAUAUUUUUGCACUGUUGAAAAAAAAGUGCAUUACUAUUUGACCUAGCCAGGAGUGAUGAGGAGACUUCACUUUAACUGACAUUAGUUAGAGUACCCGCCUACCCGUUGUAUAAUGUUCUUUCUUUUUAUACUGGAAGAUGUCUCUUUGCAAAACUUCACUCUGGUGUUUAUUUCUUUACUAGAACCGUCUGGUGUAAAGUUUUACCUUUCAUUUUAGUUAAUUUUAAGGCAAAAGGAAAAAAAAUAAUAAAAAAAAAUCGGUCUCAUUUUCUUAUACACUGUAAAGCCAACUCCAAAGGCAGCUGAACAUUAUGGAGAUUGAAGUUGUUACAUUAGUAUAUAUUUGAAGAGUAUUACUAAGAAUAUUUAACAAGAGUUUAAUAUAUGGACUUUUAACUGCAUAUGAGUAUGUUUUGAAAUGAAUGCAAAAUGUUUACUUAUGUAUUUUGGAAGACAUCAUUUCCGAACGUCCGAUGCAUCUCAAUGUACGUAGUAAGUGAUAAUAGGAAAUCCUGUUUGUUCUUAAUUAUAUCUAAGGAUGUACCUCUAUUGGGAAGCUGUUCAUUUUAAUUGAUCAAACUGUGAACUCAAUUUCUUGGAAAUGUAAUGAUCCCGGUUUAGCCCCUUCAUCCAUGAAGACCAUUUCUGCAAAGUUUCUCUGGAAUUCAGUAAUUUUCAUUAUAAAGCACUCCUUUGGGAUAAGAAUGCAGCUUUACCAACAUGCCAAUGGGUUUCCCAUUUGGUGACAAGUGCCAGUAAUAAUGUAAAUUAGGUUCCCGAGAAGUAGAUGAGGAGAUGUUCACAGUGUGUUUCUGGUGCUGCAUUUAUAAGCAUAUACUUAGGCACUUGCUGGGUAUUAAUACCUCAAAAUACACAUUUAUUAGGUAUAGGCUCUUGUCUGUGUCUUAAUGCAACAAUAUGGUUUAUUUAAUGCGCAUUUAUUUAAGAAGUAUACAGUUACAGCAAUUUUAAAUGUCCACUUGCUGAGACUGGGGGAGCAUCUUGUACUGAGUGUGAAGAUAUUCCUCCCAACAACAUGAUUUUGUAAGCGCAGAAUUAAUCUUUUUUUUAUUUUUCCAUAGCUCACCACCCACUGGGAUGAUAUACUUUGAUAUGUGUAUAGUACCUCUCACAGUGGCCAUGUUUCUAUACUUCAGACAUCAUUUUCUGAUCUCAUUCACAUUAAAGGGUCUUUCAGUGCCCAGCAGGUUCCACAAAGCUUAAUUACUCACAUAUUGCCUAUAAAGGAAAGUUUCUAUUAUACUUACCGUCUCAGUGUUAUGUGGAUCGGCCACUCAGGAACCCAGUGAGAAGAAGCUUCUCUUUGAAAAUCUUGCUUCUGCAGACAUCAUGCCCUUACCAGGCUUCCAAUCUGGUUGAUAGCAAGGCCAUCACUUCUGCUGUGGACGGAACUAUAACCAUACUUCUUCAUGACGCAUGUGCAGAUGAAGUGGAUGCAGGAGUUUGUGCAUGCCCUGGGGGCCCAACUACAGCAGAAUGAUGUCCCCAACCAUUAACUAGACCAGAAACCUGGUAAAAGAUGUGAGUUCAGCAGAAGCAAGAUUUUCAGAAGAUGAGUAUCACAAGAUUGGGUUCCCAAGUGGCCAAUCCAUGCAACUUUGAGCUAGUGAGAAUAUUACUAAACUUUCCUCCACAGAGUUUGUGGAGCCCACAGGGUCCCAGAAAACCACCUUAAGGUCAUUGAUGCAUCAUGUUGACUGAAUAGAGAGAUGGGCCAUUCUGCUUCAUAAAAUUGGGGAAGUUCCACCCAUUUCAGUUUCUGGAAAACAAUAUCCUGUGGCAUUUUUGUAGGACCCAUAAUUAUGGAUGAAAUGUUCUAUAGCCUUCACAGAGAAAUCAUAUGUAUCACAGAGGCAAUCGUUGCGGGCUCUUAGGGACCUGUAGAGUGGGGAGCAUUAGCUCAGGUUGGCCCAUCCUCAACAGAGUAAGGCUUCAAUCAGACAGAUGUAUUGUACCUGAAUGUGUAUGUAAGACACAGACCAGGUUAGAAAGAAUUGGGCUACUGAGACCAUAGGUCCCUAUGGUGCUGUAGAAACAGUGGGGGUUCUGGGUAUAACAUCUGGGAUACUAACUAUUACGGACAUGUACAAUAUGGCUAUUCGAAUUAGGCCUAAGUCUGGCAGGGGUCCCCUUUUCUCCAAAGGCAACACAACAUUAGAAAAUUAGGAGAGUUGGGCUUAUCUUAUCUCUAAAUGGUUGGGUUUGGUGGCUUAAAAGAGAAGCAAGGAGAACCCCUUUCUUCUUUCAAUACUCCUUUUAUAGCAUAAUUAUCUGUACAAAUCUGGUUCUAAUCCUGAUAAGCAGAAGCAACCAAAACUAAAUUAGGCUCUGUUCACACUGCUGUUGGGAGCCUCUGUUGGGGUUUCAUAUACUUUUCAUGGCAAGAAUAUGAAAGAAGCCAGACAUACCCCAUUAUGGGAUUCAUUGGUCACCUCUUGUAUCCAUUUUAAGUCAUAUACAGAAGCUAUCAUGGCAGUCUAACCAGAGCCUUAAAACCAGUUAUUCUCUGUCUUUAAUGAUCAGGAAGUCACGUAGUUUCAUGGAUGUACCUUAUAGACUUUUAAAGGCCCCCAGUAGGCAGAUUAUUUACCUGGCAAUGAACUGCAUAGUAAAAUGUAUUUGAAAGCAAUAAUACCCAUGAAUGUGUAUAGGUGACUUCUUUGCUCAGCUUUUCCCUUGUAUUUCAAUUAUCAGUUUCUAUAUAAUUUCUUUUUAAAGCCGGAAGUAAUGAAGACACACUUUGCUGAUAUCUAGAAAUAAUACUGGUGCAAUCUCUGCCUUAACCACGACACUGUAAUAUACAGAAAUUGCCUCUUGCAAUCAUUGUGGCAUUAACACAAGUUAAAUUAUUAUUAUUAUUUUUUUUUACAGUGAAUGCGAUUGAUACUUCAAAUAAAGAAAUUCGUCUUCAUUUUAUAUUUUUAGUUGGGUUCAAAAUGAAGCAUUUAAAAAAAAACACCAUGGAAAUGCCAAAAUGUUUUAUGAUUAAAUUAUGUUUAAAACUUGAUCUGUUCCGUUCAUUUUGAGCUGGUGUCAGUGGGAGGCCGCCUCAAGUGCUUUGAUGUACAGUGUAAGAGAGGUUGACAAGGAUGAAGGGGCUACAAACCCAUUGCUCAGUGGUCAUUAAAGAGCACUACCAUCUAAAAAUACCAGUAAAUAUACGUUCUUGAGUUGUCCAUGACUUUAAGGUUGAUAAAACUUCUGCAUGACUGGAUGACAACCAAAGCACAGCUCUCACUAGAAACAUCUCCGGGUUAUGAAUGGUUUGAUCUAGUUAUACCUGUUAUUUGCAAAAAGAGUUCGCUAAAUCUUGGGCUAGUCUCAUACUAGAGGUCUCCACAGGUGCCAGAGGUGUCUGUAUCCGACACUGCCAGAUGCUACCUGACACCCGCCAGCCCCAUGCAAUAUAAUGGAGACCAGCGAAGAUCUGACCGCAAUCCGACAAACAUGUAGAGAAUCAUCUGGACGAAAACCGCUGCAUGCACCGAUUUGCAUCUGUCUGAUUCUCUGCAUAUUUGCCAGGUUGCGUCCAGAUCUCCGCUGCUCCCCAUUAUAGUAAGUAGAGCCAGAUGACGAUACAGUAGCUUCCGGCAAUGCCGAAUAGCCUGCCGCAUCUAAAAACAGCAGUGUGAAACUAUCCUUAGCCAGUUUUACAGUAGGAGUGCAGAGUGUUUUUCUCUUGCCAUGGGGGCAGACGGAGCAAUCAAGUUAUACGAUGCUCCACCUGCCCCUAGGCCAGGGUUCUCUGAUAUCUGGGAAUAGUAGUAGAGCUUUCCAGGAGUGAAGUUAUGCAGUGAUUUAUCACUGACUUCCAAAUCACCCCAUAGCUAGUGAUACCUGCCAUGCAGGAGUCUGACUGACUACCCUUGGAGCUCUAUUGGUGGCUGUAUUGGUAGUCAUCCAGAUUCCGAUCCUCUUGAAUAGUGUGUCUAUGCAGUUAUGCCUACAUAAAUUUAACAUUUAGAACUUUGGACCAUGUGGCAUAUUAACAAAUGCAUUUGAAUGCCAACUCCUCAAACUAGGUGUUUAAUUAGGUUGUGUUGGAUAAAGAUAUUGAUUAAUAUCAGAUUGGUAAGGGUCUAUCACCCCACACCACCACUGAUUGGUGGUGCUGGAACCUAUACAGUGCAUGGAGCUGGACGCAGACAGCUCCGUACACUGUAUAGUGGCCAUGCCAGGGUCCCUUCAAGGGGAUGGGAGUUGAGCUGCAGUACGCCCGGACCAGAAAAUACACAGAGUAGGGAACCCUCCUUAACUUGUAUAGCUUCUGGUGCCAACAUUAAGCUGAAACAGCUGAUUGCUGGGGGUGCCGGGUGUCAGACCCUCCCCGAUCUGAUGCUGAUGACCUAUCCUGAGGAUAGGUCAUCAAUAUCUGUAGCCCAAACAACCCCUUUGAAGGCCCUCUGAUAAUUUUUAUAGGAACUCCCAAAACUGUCUAGAAGAACCGAUAUUUAUUUGUAUUUGCAUAAACCCUGCGCCUUGGGAAAUAGAUAUUGGUUGUCACCCAGCAUCUGAACAGAAUUUUUUGCAGCUUGACAAAAGCGAGCAUAUAUUAAAUAGGGAUUUCAUUUAGAUGGAGUAUUCGCUAAUGAACACCCUCUCAGCCAGCAUUAUUCCAUACUGUUAAUUGACUAUAACAUUGAUGUGAUUUCUUUCAUUUCCUCUACAGCAAGGUUUUAAAGUUCUUCUUUUAACUACAUUUGGCACCAUGCGUUUCUUUAUAAUACAUUUAUUUUAAGAAACAUUCUCAGAAGAUACAUUUUUUUUAACUUAUUUUACCAGAUGCAAACAUCAUGAGACAAUAUUUAUGGGGAUUCUUCACAUGAUAUUCUGAUGGGGGGGGGGGGCAGGCAGAAUUUUAUUACCAUCUGUUUUUCCCUUCUGUACAUAUUUUAAGAAUUCUCUGUAAAUUCACAUUUACCUGUACAGUGGGCCUAAAAGUUUCAGGUACAGAGGGGCAUUUUAUCUCCAAUGUCGGCACCGAGAGGUGUUGCAAUUCUUUUAAACUGAUGUUACUGAUUUAAAAAAACAAAAACAAAAAAACUUCUUUCUCUGUUUUAGUGUUGGUUUAUUUAUUUUCAGAAUUGCCUUGCUUGUUAUAAUGCACAAAAUAUGCAAUAACUGAUCAAUCAAGUCAACUGUUGAAUAAGCCAUUUCAAGAUAUAACUAUAAAGGUGGU